GGCCUGGCCCCGCAGAGACAGCACAAGUCGUAUGAGAGAGGGGCCAGGCGGGCUGUGCCGGCCAACAGGGACUUGAGCCCGUGGGAGGGUGACUCCUCAAAGGCGAGGAAGAGGCUGGAACAAGAGCCUCUGCCCAUCGAGAGGACUAAGGGCUCAGAGAUCUUAUUUGGGAUCGCACCGUGUGCUCUGGCCCUCUCCCAGUCCAGAAGGGACCUGUUCAGGUUGUUCCUCAAGCAGAGCAGCGGCUCUCAGCGGCUCGUUAUGAAUGAGUUUGUCCUUCAGGCCACGGCCCGGGGAGUCCCCGUGCACCACGUCAAAAAGAAAGAGCUGGAUGCUCUUUGCAGAGGUCGGGUCCACCAGGGAGUUUGUUUGGAGGCCACCCCUCUCCGUUUCAAGAGUUUGGAGGAAGCGGAAAAGCCCGACUUGGGGGAUGAAGAGAGUCCGAACCGACAGCUGAUUUGGCUGGCGUUGGAGCAUAUCCAGGAUCCCAUGAACCUGGGGGCAGUGCUGCGCUCUGCGUACUUCUUGGGGGUGGACAGAGUGGUGACAAGCCAGAGCAACAGCUGCCCCUUGACUCCAACAGUGAGCAAAGCUAGCUCUGGAGCUGUGGAAGUCUUCGAUGUGUACGGCACAGAUGAUCUCCGGAGCUUUUUGAAGGCUAAAACUGCAGAAGGCUGGGAAGUCGUGGGAACGGUCAGCAAGCCUGAGGAUGUGGAAAACGUUCCUGUCGUCAGCUGCUUGGAAUUUCGGUGGAAUAAACCCGUUAUUAUAGUAAUAGGUGAGCUGAAGGAGGCCUCGGUGACAGCCCUGGUGACUCAGGCAGAGGCGCAGAAGCCCCUGCGGCCCCUGUACGUGGGCAGGCGGCUGCUGGCGCGGGGGCUGCUGGCGCACGGGGUCUUCGCCCUCGGGCUACGAGGCUCUGUGCCUUGUGCUGGGUGGGCCUUCCUCAAAAAACCGCUUCAGAUACUGGAGAGCGGAUCUGGGGAGGCUGGAGAGGGCUGGGAAGGGGAGGCAGGUAAAGUGCCCGUCUCGCCUCUGGUGGUCCUCGGCUGUUGGGAGCCGGCGAGGCUGCGGAGACGCAGCUCUUGUGGCCAUCGGAUGCUGGCCAUACCCCCUGGCAGAGCGCUUCACCCUGGGAUCGAGUCGCUGAACGUCUCCGUUGCUACUGGUAUUCUCCUGCACUCCGUCUGCAGCCAGAAGCUGAGGCGCGCUGACUGA